CAGCCCUCCAUCACGCCUUUCCUUUCCCUGUGCUCAGCCAUGGUGGACAUGGGGGGCCUGGACAAUCUGAUGGCCAACACGGCCUACCUGCAGGCCCGGAAGAUGUGGGACGGAGACAGCCGGGAGCUGCAGCGGCGGCGCCGGAGCCUGGCACUGCCCGGGCCGCAGAGCUGCGCCCCGCUCCCCCAGGCACUGCCCCCUGACUUCCACAGACUGUGCGAGCAGCAGCCCGUCGGCCGCCGCCUCUUCCCGGACUUCCUGGCCACGGUGCCCCGGUACCGAGAGGCCAUGGCCUUCCUGGAGCAGGUGCAGAGCUGGGAGCUGGCGGAGGGCCCGGCCAAGGGCAGCAGCCUGCAGGCGCUGGUGGCCGCUGGGCACCCACCCGCCUUCCUCAGCCCGGCUCUGAGCGCCAGGUGCCUGGCAGCCACUACCGAGGACGAGCGGGCAGCCCUGGUGGCGCUGGCCCGGGCGGAGGCCAUGGCCUUCCUGCAGGGCCACCCCUUCUACGACCAGAUUCUGCGGUGGAAGGUCUUUGAGAUGCAGCCCGUGUCCGACAAGUACUUCACCGAGUUCCGCGUGCUGGGGAAAGGUGGCUUUGGGGAGGUAUGUGCUGUCCAGGUGAAAAACACUGGUAAGAUGUAUGCCUGUAAGAAGCUGGACAAGAAGCGGCUGAAGAAGAAAAAUGGUGAGAAAAUGGCUCUGUUGGAAAAGGAGAUCUUGGAGAGGAUCAGCAGCCCUUUCAUUGUCUCCCUGGCCUACGCCUUUGAGAGCAAGUCCCACCUCUGCCUGGUCAUGAGCCUGAUGAACGGGGGAGACCUCAAGUUCCACAUCUACAGCGUGGGCACCCGCAGCCUGGCCAUGAGCAGGGUGGUCUUCUACUCGGCCCAGAUGACCUGUGGGGUGCUGCACCUGCACUCUCUCGGCAUCGUCUACCGGGACCUGAAGCCUGAGAACGUGCUCCUGGACGACGUUGGCAACUGCAGGCUGUCUGCUGGGCUGGCCAUGCAGAUCCCGGAUGGCAGGCCUGUCACCCAGAAGGCUGGAACCAAUGGUUAUAUGGCGCCUGAAAUCCUAAUGGAAAAAGUGAGUUACUCCUAUCCCGUGGACUGGCUUGCAAUGGGAUGCAGUAUUUAUGAAAUGGUUGCUGGAAGAACACCAUUCAAAGUUUACAAGGAAAAAAUCAGUAAAGAGGAUUUAAAGCAAAGAACCCUGAAAGAAGAGGUCACAUUCCAACAUGACUUCACAGAGGAAGCCAAAGAUAUUUGCAGACUCUUCUUGGCUAAGAAACCAGAGCAACGCUUAGGAAGCAGAGAAAAGUCAGAUGAUCCCAGGAAACACCCUUUCUUCAAAACCAUCAACCUUCCUCGCCUGGAAGCAGGCCUCGUGGAACCCCCAUAUGUGCCAGACCCUUCGGUGGUUUAUGCCAAAGACAUCGACGACACUGAAGAUUUCUCUGAGGUUCGGGGAAUCAAGUUUGAUGAUAAAGAUAAGAAGUUCUUCCAAAGAUUUGCAACAGGUGCUGUCCCCAUAGCGCGGCAGGAAGAGAUCAUAGAAACGGGACUGUUUGAAGAAUUGAACGAUCCCAACAGACUUGCAGGUUGUGGGGAGGGUAACUCGUCCAAGUCUGCUGUGUGUUUGUUAUUAUAAGUUGUUCUCUCUACCAGACAGGCAGCAGGAGUCUCAGCUGACCUAAUCCUCGAAUGUUCCUGUUAACCUAAAAAUAAAAAUAAAAAAGGCCUUUCAAGAUGAGAGGCAACACGCAUUUAUUGAGGUCCAUAAGAAGAGCUAUUUGGGACGCACUGAUUCAGACGGGAGCCCAAAUGGUGUUCCGAUUAGGAGGCGAAGGCGACGGGAAUGUAUGAGAAAGGGAAGGGUGGCAAUUACAUCAGUGAGAGGAAGCCACGUCCAUCGGUGCAGAGAACAUAACACAGUGAUGUUAAUUCUCAAUAAUGCUAUUUUAGUUUCCAG